AUGAAGUUCCUCAACAAAGACGAACUGCAGGUCGCUGAAGGUUUACCCAAGAGUUCGAAGGUAUACGGUUUCCUAUAUGGCAUUAACAGGAACAAGCCAAGCACACUGGAGGUCAUCGUUGACACAUGGCCUGAUUUUAAAGUCAUUAUUUGCCGACCUGACCCCAAUAACAAGCGCGCCCUGGAGUUUAUGAAAAAGGUGACAUACUACAGCAUGGAUGAACCGAGUUCAAGGAAAAUGUUGACAGAAGAGAAUGCAAUUGACUGGAGCACCUACUUUGUUAUUGGAGGAUUUGACAUUUCCCAUACCUCCAUGCUCAAAGAAGUGGCUUCUGACAGAGACGUCAACAACAGAUUCUAUACUGUGGUGCAUCUUCUGUAUUUGCCAGACAGCAGCCAUCCGCUCACACCAGCAGCUGGCAGUGAGUUUGAAUCGAGGAUUUCAUCUCUUAACCUUUCCCACGUCGACUUGGUGAAUAAAACCUGGAAGUUUGGAGGGAACGAGCAGAGUUACAGAAACAUUGAAAAACUUAUCAGGACCUUCCCGUCAUGCUGCAUCACUGACGACCAGGGCCAGCCGGUGUCCUGGACUUGUGCUUUGUGCUUACCGUACACUCUGCCAGAGCAUAGAGGGAGAGGCCACGCCAAAGUCCUGGUCAGCACCAUGGCCAAGAGACUCCACGCUGAGGGCUACCCAGUGUACUCCCUCGUAGAGGAGGAGAACACGGCCUCCUACACGCUCUUUAAAAAACUGGGCUUCAUUGAGGAUCCCUCAUACAGGGCGGCAUGGUUUGAGUUCAACUUUUGAUUUUGUAACCAUUUCUAACAAGUGUUUGUAUAAAAAAUAACUUCCAAUGUUUUCGUAUGAGAAUGUGAUUAAAAUGUAAAGUUUGGCCUAUAAAAUUCACAGGCUCUCCAAAGCAUUGGAUCAAAACCUGGUUAUAAUGGUGGUAUAAGGGAAAAUGGCAUUACUGACACAAAUGAUAAUGUCACCUUAUCAUAACACAUUCGUGUAAAUAAAAUAUAUGCAUUGCUCUCUAUUUUCAGUUAUCAAAUAAUGUACAUCCAAUAUAUUUACCACACUAUAGGUAUAGGCUACCUCCUUUUAUACACACCGAUGCAAUUAUUAGUGAACACGGACCCAAAAUAAAGACAUUUAAUUGUU